AUGUUUUCCAACUAUUUUGUGAUCGGUUCAGUAAAAGCAAAGAGUCAAUUUGAUUGCCUUCAAUGUAAAUGUUCAAUAAUGAAAACGAUUAGCAUAGCGAUGAAAUUUAUGAAUUUGGAAGUUAUUUUAAUUUAUGAAGCGAAAGGUAACAACAGUUUUGAAUCAAUCGAGCACACAAACUGUCCUCAAAUGCCACAAAAAACAAAUGAUAAACAAUAUGAUAAGUGCUUUGAUUUGAAUAACAUGAUUAAACAUUCAAUCACGUUGCUUGGGGAAAAGGUGAUGUAUCCGUUGGAAAUUGUGUAUACAAAUGGGAAGCUCCGAAAUGGCAAUUCUGCCAAUUUAGUUAUCAACAGCGUAGAAGAUACACUCAUCAUGACAAGUGACAUUGCUGCAUUAAAAUCACUAAUCGCCGAAGUCAAGCUUUUUGUUGAACCAAACAAUAAAUUUUCAUCAUUAUCAGCAAAAGAAAUAAAUGACACUUUACGUAACAGAAAUGAGAUUAUCAAAUGUUGA